GAACAACUUUUCUUGAAAUUAGAAUCGAUCUUGGAUCUUUACAAGAAUUUCCAAGAUGGCGCCGAGGAGGAAGACAAUCUUCUAAUACUGGAAGCUUUGGAGGACAUUCGGCAAAUUUUAAACCGACACAACAUCACCAGACCUUUAGGAAGAACCGAGGUCAAAGAAAUUGAAUCGGUUUUGAAAGAUCUGAAGAGCCAUGUGAAGGCAAUGGCUCUAGAUGAUCUGUUUGAUCAGGUGAAGGAUUUAAAGUGGAGGAUGGAUGUGAUAGAGAAAAGAUGGGAGUUGGGGAAUACGCUGGGCCUUCCAAAAAACUAUUUGUACGAUAGAGGUGAGAGGAAAUUUGUUUUAGAUCGGUCGCACUGAAGAAAUCGGCCUUUUGUUAUUCACAGAGCGAUACUACUAACGGGCAAGCAUCUUAUCUUUCUUGCUCACUGUAUGAUAAUAAUUCAACUCUAAAAAAAAAACGAAAACUCGUACAACCCAAUACCAUGGUAUCUUUUUUUAUCGUCAUCAUCAUUAUUAUCAUCAUCAUCAUCAUCAUCAUCAUCAUCGCCAUUAUUAUCAUCGUCAUCAUCAUCGUCAUCGUCAUCAUCAUCGUCAGCGUCAUCGUCAUCAUCGUCAUCGUCAUCAUCAUAGCAAUUGUCAUCGUCAUCGUCAUCAUCAUCAUCAUCAUCAUCAUUAUCAUCAUCGUCAUCAUCAUCAUCGUCAUCAUCAUCGUCAUCGUCAUCGUCAUUAUCAUAGCCAUCGUCAUCGUCAUCGAUAUAGUCAUCGUCAUCAUCAUCAUGAUUAUUUUUAUCAUCAUUAUCUGAGAUUUUCACGGUGACAAAUUAAGGCCUGAAGCCCUACAGUGACGGCCAGCUACUUGCUAGAUAGGCCUCUGUCGGGUACAAGUGCAUGAUCACAGGGACUGGUCCUUGGAGUUGUUCAUCUGCCGUGUCUCGGUAAAGUUUGCCCCAAACACUUUCUAAUCUUCGAUGAAAGGCAGGGAACGACAAAAAUGCUCUCUUAUUUUACUAUGGCUGUUUUUAUUUUCAAUUCUUCGCCGUCUUUGAGCAAGAAAAAUAGCAGAACUCUAGAUUUAAUUGCUCUUACUUUCUUCUUAAGGACAGUGCACAGAUUGCUUUAACUGGUCGGCUGCACACAGUAAUGAUGUAAUUUUGGUUAAGCGGACCAUGAUAUUUGGAGAAUGCUCCAGGGAUCAUGAUUAUCUUGUUUCUACCCUAAAGGUUGCUGCUACACGGAACGCAGCACCAUUAAAACAAAACGGUAACCAUCACCACCAUCCUAAUAGAAGUUAGUUGUCUUUUUUGUUUUACUUACAGAUGAUGACGAAAUAUGGAGCAGAAUAAGCGCUAAAAGAAAAGAAAUUCUCGGUAAAUCAAGCUUUUGGUUACGUUCUAGACCUCCACGACACAUGUACAAAGUGAGGUUUGAUUUGGGCGCGCCCAACCCGGUUCGAGCCGGCAUGGGUGAGGAAAAUGAGGUCGAAAACAUGGAAGAUAUUCCCGAAGAUGAGGGUAAUAUUUACGACUCAAACUCAACUGAUCAACUUCUUCUUAACAGAAUUAACAAUCUUCAAAGUUUUCUUAGCGAGCGGAAAACACGUUUACGGACUGCUAGGGGAAGAUCAAAGCUCAGCUCAGGUCUUAUUGCUUCUGCGGAUUUAACUAUUCAAAACAGUAGGAAGUGUUUACAAAAGGCCAAAGAUGCACGCUACGGAGAAAUCAAGGGUACGAUUCAAAGGGUAAAGGACUCGGUUCCAAAGGAGAAAACGAGUCAGGGGGAAUCGGGCAGCCGUUGUGAAGAGUGUUAUAGGAUCAUGAAAGAGAGAGAUAAAUUUUGGGGAUUGGAAUCUGACUCGGAAGAAGAGGAAUUUAAAAAGUUUAAUGAUCACCCUCCACGGCGCGGCAUGACACAGAAUUCUAGAAGUGCUCUGGAUAAGAAAAAUAUAGGUGGUGCUUCAGUGCUAAGGCAUAAGGGUAUUGCCGGUCGAGGAACUUGGGCCACGCCCGCCUAUGUCCCCCCAUGGGAAGUGGACAAAUUUGAGAGUAAAAGACGAAGUUCUAUGCAUACUGUUGCAACGGACUGGGAACUGGAGAAAGCAAGGUUUGGUCCGAAGAAAGGU